AUGGAGCCCUGGCAGCUUACAGCGACUGAGGCGCUGGCCAAAUUCAAGGACGGCUCUUUGACAGUCGAAGACUAUGCAAAGUCUCUGCUUGCUAGGAUUGAAAAGAGAGAUGAGGCCGUCAAGGCAUGGGCCUACCUGAAUCCGGAACUUGUGAUUGAGCAAGCAAAGAAGCUUGACCAAGUGCCGCCGGAGAAGCGAGGUCCGCUGCAUGGAGUCGCCAUUGCGGUAAAGGAUGUCAUUUAUACCAAGGAUAUGCCCACACAAUUCAACUCGCCAAUCUACGAGGGAGAUGCACCAAAAGUAGAUGCAGCCUCCAUCCUCACCCUGAGACACGCCGGAGCCUUGAUCCUGGGCAAAACCACAACCACCGAGUUCGCCUCGACGCUGUACGGUGGCAAGACGUCCAACGCGCACGACCCCAGCCGAACCCCGGGUGGCUCGUCGUCGGGCUCGGGCGCCGCCGUGGGCGAUUUCCAGGCCCCGAUCGGACUGGGCACGCAGACGGGCGGAAGCACCAUUCGCCCGGGCUCCUUCAACGGCAUCUACGCCUUCAAGCCGACCUGGAACUCCAUCAGCCGCGAGGGCCAAAAGAUCUACUCGCUGCUCUUUGACACCCUCGGCCUCUACGCCCGCAGUGUCGAGGACCUGGAGCUCCUGGCCGACGUCUUUGCGCUCGAGGACGACGAGCCCGCCGCCGGUGCGCCGUUCGAGGUCAAGGGCGCCAAGUUCGCCGUGGUCAAGACCACGGCAUGGGACCAAGCCGGCCCCGGCACCAGAGCCGCCAUGGAGCUCGGCGCCAAGCUGCUGAGAGACCACGGCGCCGAGGUUGAGGAGAUUGAGCUGCCGCCCGAGUUCAACGAGGCGCCAGAGUUCCACCGCAUCCUCCUCCACAGCGAGGGCAGAGUGUCCUACCUGCCCGAGUACAAGACGGCCAAGGACAAGCUGCACCCGUUCCUGUGCGGACACGUGGAGAAUGAGCACAAGAUCUCGCGCGCCGCCCAGCUCAAGGCCUUUGAUGGCAUGGCUGCGCUGAGGCCCAAGAUUGACGCGAUUGCUGGCCGGUACGCCGCCAUCUUGACACCGAGUGUACCCGAUGUCGCGCCCGUCGGUCUCUACAGCACAGGCAGCGCCUCUUUCAACAGCAUAUGGACUGGUUUCCAUACACCAGUUACCAAUAUCCCUGGAUUUAAGGGCGAAGCUGACAUGCCGAUCGGCCUUUCUCUCGUUGCUCCUAGGUACCAUGAUAGACAUCUAUUGGCGGUCUCAAAGGCGGUUGGCAAGAUAUUCGAAAGUGAGGGAGGCUGGGAGCGAAAGAAUUUGUAG